AUGGACAAUGUAAGAAGUGUAAAAGAUGGUGGAUCACAUAGGAGGAGUGGUCUAAGUCCUACUAAAAGAUUUGAUUUUCCUCUUCAAGUCAGAUCAAGUGCAGAAUUGACAAAGAAAGUGCUACAACAUGUUAAGAAAGAAAAAAUUGACAAGUUACAUGAGAUGCUACAGGGAAACAAUAGAGAAAGGGUUCAGGAAAUUAUAGAAGUUGUGGACGGAACUCAACAAGAAAGAGUUCAAAAGGUUGAUCACAAUUUGGACAAAGAGACUAUUGCAAAGAAAAUGGAGAUAGACAAACUCUCGCAACCAAAAGUAAUGAAAGAUCAUGCACAUGGUGACAAAGAAGUUGUACAAGAAACACCAAAGAAAAGAACUCAAGUGAAAGCUACAGUGAAUAGAGAAAGAAUUCAAAAGGUUGAUGGAAAAUUGGACAAUCACAUUGCUAUGAAGAAAGCAGAGAGACCUAAGCUUUUGCAACCACAAGCUAAGGAAGUUCUUGCACAUGGAAACAAAGAAGUUUCACAAGGAAUGCUGAAAAAAAGAAUUCAUGAGAAUCUACUAGAGAACAAUAGAGAUAAAAUUCAAAAGGUGGAAAAACCAGUUGCAAGGAGAAUACUUAUUUCUUCCAAAAAUAAGAAACCAGAGAAAUCUACUCUAUCUUUGGACACAAUGAUGUCAAAAGCUGAAUGCUCUCAAAAGCUAAACAGGGUGCCAAAAUGCCCAUCAAUGUUGAUUGAUGAUUAUGUAGAUCUUUACAAGUCAAAGGAAAUGGAUGCAACCAAGUCAAAUAAUGGUGAAAAACCGGGCAGCAGCGUUAACCGUAGCUCUAAUCAAAAUCAAUCAAAAAAAGGAACUCGACAAGAAAGUUUUCAAAAUCGGGCAAAAGUCAACGAAGAAGAUGCAAUCACAAAUAGAGAAGAAGAAAAAGAAACAUCCCAAAGAAAAACUCGUGGGAAAACUUUGUGCAAAAAGAUUCAUGCAAGAACUUUGGAAGAGCGAGUAGAAGUGACCUUUAAUGAGGAUUUUCAGCCAAUUGGUCCUAGUGAAAAAGUAGUAUCUGACUUGAGCCUCUUCUUGGGAACAUUGGCUAGGAACUCAACAUUUUGUCCUCUACGUUACACCAAUUGGUCAGGAAUGCCAGAUGAAAAUAAAAACCGUUUCUGGAGAUAUACUAAUCAGAAGUUUAUCUUGCCGGUUGAAGCACGAGAUUGGAUUGAGACCACUGUUAGAGAGGCAUGGAGAAGAUAUAAGCACAAAAUUAAGAAGAAUCAUUUUUUGAAGUAUUCCAACAUGACCGAGAGACUCAAAAAUCGUCCGCCAAACGUGCCAAUAGCCCAGUUUAAGAGUCUUUGUGCUUAUUGGAGUAAGGAAACUAUACAAGCAAUCAGUGAAAAUAACACUAGAAAUAGAGCUCAACUAAAGUGGAUGUAUCGAAUGGGUCCCAAAAACUUUGCUUUGACUCGUGAAAAAGUGUGUGGAAAGGAAAAAAGAGAGCCCACUCAAUCAAAAAUGUUUGUUGAAACUCGAAAAGGAAAUAAAGGAAAGGAACUGGAUGUAGAAACUGGAAAAGUAAUUUCCCAACUUCAAGAAAUGGUUGAAAAGGAGGAAAGUGAUACAGAAGCUUUUAAAAGAAAGGCAGAGAUUAAUGCUUUGAAACAAGCCCACAGUGAAGAGGUCUCUACAUUAAGGGACGAGUUUCAAGAUAAGAUUGAUAGAUUGCAAAAUGCUUUUAAGACCGUAAUACAACAAUGCAAUCCUCAAAUUAAUAUAGAGUCAAUUGAAGAUUUGUUAGGAUUAUCUCAUGGAGAUGCUAAUAGUUCCCCAAAGGAUAUAAGACCGCAAAUGCAUUCAUCUACAUCAACUCAUGCUCCAUGUCAUGGAAAGCAAUGUAUCAAUGAAGAUGUUGAAAAGGACGAUAUAAAUGAUGAAAUUCAAGAGGACGACAUAAAUGAUAAAAUUCAAGAGGACGACCUAAAUGAUAAAAUUCAAGAGGACGACGUAGAUGACGAAUUUCAAGAGGACGACAUAGAUCUAGAUGAUGAAUUUCAAGAGGAGGAUAUAGAUGGUGAAUUUCAAGAGGACGACGUAGAUGAAGAAUUUAUGGAGGAUAACGAAUUUCAAGAGGACGAUCUGGAUGCUUUACUCCUAGAAGACAAACUUGAAUGA